AUGGCACGUUCACACAUCGCCGUAGCCUUUGGCGCGGCUCUUAUAGCUAUUUUGAUCGUCGGACAGCUUGUCAUCAACUUGGGCUUCCCCUCGGUCGACUCGUGGCACGCGAGACUGGACCAGAGCUACAAUGGAGCCCAGCAGGACCAGUUCGUCAGUGAGAAGCAGGACGGCGGCGCAGGCAGCGACCCGUCCUCAUACCUCGUCGGCGUGGGCAAGGCGGAUAUCACGGGGCCCGUGGUCGAGCUCAACAUGAUGGGCUAUGCCAACUCAUCGCAAAUAGGAACUGGACUGCGCCAGCGCAUCUACUCGCGCGCCUUCGUUAUCGGAAACCCAAGCGCCCCAAGCGAACGAUUUGUGUACCUCGUCCUCGACACCCAGUCUGGAGACACGGCCAUCCGCAAUGGAAUCCUGGAGGGACUUGCUGCCAUGGGCUCCGAGUACUCCGUCUACACAAAGAACAACGUAGCCGUGACUGGAACGCACAGCCAUGCUGGUCCUGGAGCCUGGUUGAACUACCUUCUUCCUCAGAUCACCAGCUUGGGCUUUGACAAGCAAAGCUACCAGGCCAUCGUAGACGGGACCCUUCUUUCAAUCAAGAGGGCGCAUGAAGGCCUGACUCUCGGAACAGUCAGUGCUGGAAGCGCAAAGAUUGAUAAUGCAAACAUCAACCGCAGUCUCUUCGCCUAUCUCGCCAACCCGCAGGCUGAACGAGCCCGUUACACAGAUGACGUAGACAAGACCAUGACCCUGUUGAAGUUUACACGGGCCAGUGACGGAAAGAGCAUUGGAGUACUGAACUGGUUCCCUGUGCAUGGCACAAGCUUGCUCGGCAACCAGACGCUUAUUGCCGGAGACAACAAGGGUGUGGCUGCAUACCUUCUCGAGCAGGACAUGGAGGCAAGUGCGACUGCUGCCCCCGGCUUUGUCGCAGGUUUCUCACAGGCCAACGUUGGUGACACAACACCCAACAUCGAGGGUGCCUACUGCGAGGAUGGCUCAAACCAGCAAUGCAGACUCAACGACAGCACUUGCGGAGGCAAGAGUCAGGACUGCCAUGGUCGUGGCCCAUUCUACGGCUUGAACGAUGGCGGACAUAAGUCUUGCUACGAGAUUGGCAAGCGCCAGUAUCAGGGAGCAAAGAACCUCUUAGAUUCUGCCGACUUUACUACCAUCUCGGGCAAGGUCCGCUCUUUCCACACCUUUGUCGAUUUUUCAAACUUCACCUUUACACUCAGCAACGGAUCAGUCGUCCGCACGUGCCCUGCGGCCAUGGGCAACUCCUUUGCCGCUGGUACAAGUGAUGGACCUGGUGCCUUUGACUUUGUCCAGAACGACCCUGGCGCUCCCUCCAAUCCCUUCUGGAACAUUGUCGGUAGUGCUAUCUCUCCUCCAAACGCUGAGCAGAAAGCAUGCCAGUACCCCAAGCCCGUAUUGCUAAAUGUUGGACAGGCCAAGGUGCCGUACCAGUGGUCCCCUAACAUUGUCGACAUACAGGUUCUUCGCGUUGGCCAGUUUGUCAUCAUCGUGUCCCCUGGUGAAGCAACCACCAUGUCAGGUCGUCGCUGGCGCGAGGCAGUAUACAACUCUGUCAAAUCGUCUAACAUUGCCGCUGAGCCCAUUGUUGUGCUAGGUGGACCGGCAAACAGCUACACACACUACAUUGCGACAGAAGAGGAGUACGGUGUACAGCGCUACGAGGGUGCUUCUACCCUCUACGGCCAACACACACUCAACGCCUACAUCAACUCGACUCUGACAUACCUCCCCUACAUUGCCGAUGGCGCUGCCAGCCCUCCACCAGCCGGCCCUACGCCACCUGACCACCGUGACAAGAGCAUUUCGCUCAUCACAGGCGUAGUCUACGAUGGCGCAGGCUUCGGUCGCUCCUACGGUCAAGUAACCAAAGACGUCUUACCCACCUAUGCCCGGGGCGCCAUCGUCAGCGCAACAUUUGUUGGUGCUAACCCGCGUAACAAUCUACGCCUCGAAGGCACUUUCGCCGCAAUCGAGAAGCAAAACACCGAUGGAACCUGGUCGCAAGUCAAGAACGAUGAGGACUGGGAGUUGGUCUACCAAUGGAAGCGUGUUAAUGGGCUCACUGGCACAAGUGACGUGACCAUUAGCUGGGACACUGGAAUCACGGGGCCGGCGGCUGGCACAUACAAGAUCAAGUACUAUGGUGAUGCCAAGGCGGUUGGAGGAAAGAUUACAGCGUUUGAAGGGGAAAGUGCGCCGUUUAGAUUGGCGUGA